CUUUAAAAGCGGGAGCGGGAUUUGGAGAUUGGGAUAAUUCUGCCUUUGGCCUGGAGAGAGUGAGGUGGAAUAUAGCAGAGUUCAUCAGGAAGUUUUCACUCACUGGGGAGAGCAAAGGAGCAGCAUUAACAGGGUGGAGCUGUGGUUCAGGGAGUCCAGAUGGCAGGCAUGAGGAGCCCGGCCUGCACUGGAGUCUGGCUCUAGAGUCCACCGGGGCUCCCACUUCAACUGGACACAUUCCACAGGUCGUGUGCCCAUGAGGUCGUCACCACUGGUCCUGCUCCUCCUGAUCGGCGUCCAGGCUGUACUGAACAUGGGAGGUGGAUUGGCUCGGUGCGCCGGGGCAGCCAACCACAAAGUAGGACAGCAGACGGCAGCCAAUCACAGAGCAGGACAGCAGCAGGCACCAGCGGGGGACCACCAUUCUUCACAGGAGCAUCAUAGGACCAGCCACCACAGGACCAAGAGGCCCCAUCGGGCAGCCUCACACACCCAGGAUAGGAGCCCUGUCCUUGGGCACCCCAAGUCAGAUUCCCCCCCUGACCCCUCCAUCCCAGUGGUGGACCCCAAGCUCUUCUCCAAGAGACGUUACCGAUCCUCGCCCCGUGUUGUCUUCAGCGAGGUGGCCCCAUCACAUGAUGCCCUGGAAGGUGAGGGCUAUGACAUUGAAGGGGUGAGGGGGGUGAGGGUAAGGCGCAGAGCAGGAUCGCACACCAUGCACCGAGGAGAGUACUCAGUGUGUGACAGCAUAAAUACCUGGGUGGGCAACCUGACACGAGCCACAGACAUAACUGGGAAUGAGGUAACAGUGCUGCCCAACGUUACAAUCAACAACGUGGUGAAGAAACAGUUCUUCUAUGAGACCACCUGCCGAUCCCCCACGCACAGAGGCUCUGGGACUCCAAGCGGGGGAAGGACAGGGGGACGGGGUGGCAAACAGGGCUCCAGAUCAGGCAACUCGGGCUGUCUCGGCAUCGACAGCCGCCACUGGAACUCCUACUGUACCAACACACACAUAUUCGUAAGCGCCCUGACCAUCUUCAAGGAACGGACAGCCUGGCGUUUCAUCCGCAUCAACGCUGCAUGUGUGUGCGUUCUCAGCCGGAAGUCUUGGGCGGGACGACUGGGGCACUGACUGGGGAGGAGGACUCCUGACCACUGAACUAUGAACCAAGCACACACAUUUCUACUAAACAGCCACUGCAGCUUUAUUGCCAAUACUGUAACCCUCUUCCCCACCUCAAGACAUAGACACACACAUACACACACACAUACACACAGCUUCAUCUAUCCAACCCCUUGGCCCCUGACCCUACCUCAGUCUGAGAAGUCCUGGUUGUUUUAAGUUAUGAGGACUGCAUGUCAUAUUUAUGGUUUAUACAGUCAAAUAUGAAAAUAUAUACAGUAUGUGUAUAUAUACAAAAUGAAUUCAAGCUUUUAAUGUUGUUGUUGUUGUUGUUGUUAUUGUUGUUGUGUUGUUCAUGCUGUUAUUUAUUAAACACCUCA